GAAUAAAUCUGACGUCUGACGUGUGCGAUUUGACAGCGGCACCCAGUUUGUGACCAGAGACAAAAUCCAGCACAGCCAGACGUGUUUCUUUUGUUCGUCGUUCGGUGUUUACCGGUGGUCGCAGACCGCUUCGCAAGAUGUCAGACGGAGGCGGCGGCGAAGAUAACAGCGGCUCCAUGGAGGUAUCGGCCGUUCACACGGUGGCGGACGCCUCGGUGCUCCAGAAGCACAUUCGCAAGCUCGUUCCGCUACUCCUGGAAGAUGGCGGCGAGGCCCCGGCCUCCCUGGAAACCUCCCUGGAGGAGAAGAGCACCGUAGAGCAGAUGCGGAAAUUCCUGGGCGACCCUCAGGUCCAUACUAUCUUGGUGGAGAGAAGCGCGCUCAAAGAGGAUGUUGGCGACGAAGGAGAGGAAGAGAAGGAGUGCAUCACUUACAACAUCAGCAUCGACAUACACUAUGGGCUCAAGUCCAACAGCUUGGCUCUUAUCAAGAGGACGGGCGUCAUUGAUGCAGACAAACCCAUAUCGACCCAAGUGCGCGUCCUGACGCUGAGUGAGGAUUCUCCCUAUGAGACUCUCCACUCGUUCAUCAGCAACGCUGUCGCUCCCUUUUUCAAGUCGUACAUCCGUGAGUCCGGAAAGGCAGACAGAGACGGGGACAAAAUGGCGCCUUCCGUGGAGAAGAAGAUCGCAGAGCUGGAGAUGGGCCUGCUGCACUUGCAGCAGAAUAUCGAGAUCCCUGAGAUCAGUCUGCUCAUUCACCCCAUCAUCACAAACAUUGCAAAGCAAUGCUACGAGCGCGGCGAGAAACCCAAAGUCACCGACUUUGGGGAUAAAGUGGAGGACCCCACCUUCUUGAACCAGCUCCAGUCUGGAGUCAACCGCUGGAUCAGGGAGAUUCAAAAAGUGACGAAGCUGGACCGUGACCCGGCGUCGGGCACAGCCCUGCAGGAGAUCAGUUUCUGGCUCAAUCUUGAGCGGGCCCUCAACAGGAUCCAGGAGAAGAGGGAGAGCCCGGAGGUUCUGCUCACGCUUGACAUUCUCAAGCAUGGCAAGCGUUUCCACGCUACUGUCAGUUUUGAUACAGACACUGGUCUGAAACAUGCUGUAGAAACUGUCAACGACUACAACCCUCUCAUGAAAGACUUCCCCCUUAAUGACCUGCUGUCCGCCUCCGAGCUGGACAAGAUCCGCCAGGCUCUGAUGGCCAUUUUCACCCACCUGAAGAAGAUCAGGAACACCAAGUACCCCAUUCAGAGAGCUUUGCGUCUGGUCGAGGCCAUCUCCAGGGAUUUGAGCUCACAGCUUUUGAAGGUGUUGGGCACCAGAAAGCUGAUGCAUGUUGCCUACGAGGAAUUUGAAAAGGUGAUGGUGGCCUGCUUUGAGGUGUUCCAGACCUGGGAGGAUGAGUAUGAGAAACUCCAGGUGCUCCUGAGGGACAUUGUGAAGAGGAAACGAGAAGAGAACCUGAAGAUGGUAUGGCGCCUCAGCCCCGCUCAUCGUAAGCUCCAGUCGCGCCUGGAUCACAUGAGGCGCUUCAGGAGGCAGCACGAGCAGCUCAGGGCCGUCAUUGUUCGCGUGCUGCGGCCUCAGGUCUCUGCCGUGCCGCAGCAUGCUCCAGGCGAGACAGUGGAGCCUCAGGACAUGAAAGUAGCUGGAGUUCUCUUCGACGCGGCCGACGCCAACGCCAUCGAGGAGGUCAACCUAGCUUACGAGAAUGUCAAAGAGGUGGAUGGCCUGGAUGUGUCCAAGGAGGGCAUGGAAGCUUGGGAAGCCGCCAUGAAGCGAUACGACGAGCGCAUCGACCGCGUGGAGACCCGAAUCACUGCUCGCCUGCGCGACCAGCUGGGCACAGCCAAGAACGCCAACGAGAUGUUCCGCAUCUUCUCCCGCUUUAACGCGCUCUUCGUGCGCCCGCACAUCCGCGGCGCCAUCCGCGAGUACCAAACGCAGCUCAUUCAGCGUGUGAAGGAUGACAUUGAGUCACUACACGACAAAUUCAAGGUGCAGUACCCGCAGAGCCAGGCGUGUAAGAUGAGCCACGUGCGAGACCUGCCUCCCGUGUCGGGAUCCAUCAUCUGGGCCAAGCAGAUCGACCGGCAGCUGACGGCUUACAUGAAGAGAGUGGAGGAUGUUCUCGGCAAGGGCUGGGAAAAUCACGUGGAGGGGCUCAAGCUGAAGCAGGAUGGAGAUAGCUUCAGGGCCAAGCUCAACACUCAAGAGAUUUUCGACGACUGGGCGCGCAAGGUGCAGCAACGUAACCUUGGAGUGUCUGGCCGCAUCUUCACCAUUGAGAGCACCCGCGCCCGAGGUCGCACAGGAAAUAUGCUCAAACUCAAAGUCAACUUCCUCCCAGAGAUCAUCACCCUGUCCAAGGAAGUGCGCAACCUGAAGUGGCUGAGCUUCCGUGUGCCGCUGGCCAUUGUCAACAAGGCCCACCAAGCUAACCAGCUUUACCCGUUCGCCAUUUCUCUGAUCGAAAGCGUGCGCACUUACGAGCGUACUUGUGAGAAAGUGGAGGAGAGGUCCUCCAUCUCCCUUCUCGUGGCCGGCCUGAAGAAAGAAGUCCAGGCGCUCAUUACCGAGGGUAUCACUUUGGUGUGGGAGUCCUACAAGCUAGAUCCUUAUGUUCAGAGGCUAGCUGAGACGGUCUUCAACUUUCAGGAAAAGGUGGAUGAUCUUUUGCUGAUUGAGGAGAAAAUCGAUCUGGAGGUCCGCUCCCUGGACACAUGCAUGUUUGAUCACAAGACCUUCUCAGAAAUUCUCAAUCGGGUCCAAAAAGCUGUCGAUGACCUCAACUUGCACUCUUACUCCAACUUGCCCAUCUGGGUCAACAAGCUCGACAUUGAGAUUGAGCGUAUCCUUGGAGUACGUCUGCAGGCCGGACUCAAGGCCUGGACCCAGGUGCUACGCGGCCAAGUGGAGGACAAAGCCGAUGUCGACAUGGACACAGAGGCUCCUCAAGUGAGCCACAAACCAGGGGGUGAACCCAAGAUCAAGAAUGUUAUCCAUGAGCUCAGGAUCACCAACCAGGUCAUCUACCUGAAUCCGCCCAUUGAAGACUGUCGCUACAAGCUCUACCAAGAGAUGUUCUCUUGGAAGAUGGUCAUCCUUUCACUUCCCAGGAUCCAGAGCCAGAGAUACCAGGUUGGGGUCCACUAUGAGUUAUCAGAGGAGGAGAAAUUCUACCGCAAUGCUCUGACCAGGAUGCCGGAUGGGCCUGCUGCCUUGGAGGAGGCCUACAAUGCAGUGGAAGACAUUGUCGGUGAGGUGGAGCAGUAUGUCAAGGUGUGGCUGCAAUACCAGUGCUUGUGGGACAUGCAGGCUGAGAACAUCUACAACCGUCUGGGUGAGGACCUCACCAAGUGGCAGGCACUUCUCGUCCAGAUCCGCAAAGCCCGCGGAACCUUUGACAAUGCGGAGACAAGAAAAGAGUUUGGACCGGCGGUCAUUGACUAUGGAAAAGUACAGUCUAAGGUGAAUUUGAAGUAUGACUCGUGGCACAAAGAGGUCCUCAGCAAAUUUGGCCAGAUGCUCGGUCAGAACAUGCAGGACUUCCAUUCCCAAAUCUCCAAGUCCCGUCAAGACCUGGAACAACAUUCCGUGGACACCGCGAGUACGUCCGAUGCUGUCAACUUCAUCACAUAUGUCCAGACUCUGAAGCGCAAAAUAAAGCAAUUUGAGAAGAAUGUGGACUUGUUCCGUAAUGGGCAGCGGUUGUUGGAAAAGCAAAGAUUCCAGUUCCCGCCAUCGUGGCUCUACAUUGAUAACAUCGAGGGAGAAUGGGGCGCCUUCAGUGACAUCAUGAAGCGCAAGGACACGGCUAUCCAGCAGCAAGUGGCUAACCUACAGAUGAAGAUCGUACAGGAGGACAAAGCCGUAGAAAACCGCACCACUGAUCUGCUCAACGACUGGGAGAAGACAAAACCAGUGGCUGGUAACCUACGCCCCGAGGAGGCUCUUCAGUCUCUAACCAUCUACGAAGGCAACUUCGGUCGUCUGAAGGUCGAAAGAGAGAAGUGUGCCCGUGCCAAAGAGGCCCUGGAGCUCACUGACACCGGCCUGCUAAGUGGCAGUGAGGAGAGGGUUCAGGUUGCACUGGAGGAGUUGCAUGACCUGAAGGAGGUGUGGUCUGAGCUUUCCAAAGUGUGGGAGCAGAUUGACCAGAUGAAGGAGCAGCCCUGGGUGUCUGUUCAACCUCGCAAGCUUCGUCAAAAUCUAGAUGCUCUACUGAACCAGCUGAAGAACUUCCAAGCAAGGCUAAGACAGUAUGCUUCCUACGAGUACGUCCAGAGGCUGCUUAAGGGAUAUCUGAAGGUGAACAUGUUGGUGAUUGAGCUGAAGUCGGAAGCACUGAAGGACCGCCACUGGAAGCAGCUGAUGAAGCGUCUGCACGUGAACUGGGUGCUGUCGGAACUGACCCUGGGUCAGAUCUGGGAUGUGGAUCUGCAGAAGAAUGAAAUGGUGGUGAAAGACGUGCUCCUGGUUGCCCAGGGAGAAAUGGCUCUGGAAGAGUUUCUCAAACAGAUCCGCGAGGUGUGGAACUCCUACGAGCUGGAUUUGGUGAAUUACCAGAAUAAGUGUCGACUGAUCAGAGGAUGGGAUGACCUGUUUAACAAAGUCAAAGAGCACAUCAACAGUGUGUCUGCAAUGAAGUUGUCGCCGUAUUACAAGGUUUUUGAGGAAGAUGCUCUGAGUUGGGAGGACAAACUGAAUCGCAUUAUGGCUCUGUUUGACGUCUGGAUCGAUGUUCAGCGUCGAUGGGUUUACCUGGAGGGCAUUUUUACGGGCAGUGCCGACAUCAAACAUCUGCUACCCGUAGAAACUCAGAGAUUCCAGAGUAUCAGCACUGAGUUCUUGGCUCUGAUGAAGAAAGUGACCAAGUCUCCGCUGGUGAUGGAUGUGCUGAACAUACAAGGGGUGCAGCGAUCCCUGGAGAGGCUGGCUGACCUUCUGGGAAAAAUCCAGAAGGCCCUGGGAGAAUACUUGGAGAGGGAAAGAUCCUCAUUUCCAAGAUUCUACUUUGUGGGAGAUGAGGACCUGCUGGAAAUCAUUGGCAACAGCAAGAAUGUGGCCAAACUGCAGAAGCACUUUAAAAAGAUGUUCGCCGGCGUCUCCAGCAUCUUGCUCAAUGACGACAACACCGAGGUGUUGGGCAUAUCAUCUCGAGAGGGCGAGGAAGUCGUCUACAAGACGCCCGUCUCCAUCACAAAACACCCGAAGAUAAACGAGUGGCUGACGUUGGUAGAGAAGGAGAUGAGGGUGACUCUGGCUAAGCUGCUGGCAGAGUCUGUAACCGAGGUCACGGGCUUCAACCAGGGCACCGCUGUCGACCUGAACCAGUACAUCAACUGGAUCGAUCGUUAUCAGGCCCAGCUGGUGGUGCUGUCCACCCAAAUCGCCUGGUCCGAGAACAUCGAGUCUGCCUUGACGACCGUCUCCGGCGGUGGGGACAUGAGCCCCAUUCAGGGGGUGCUGUCAAACGUGGAGGCCACGCUCAACGUGCUAGCUGACACCGUGUUGAUGGAGCAACCUCCGCUUCGCAGGAGGAAACUAGAACACUUGAUCACAGAGCUGGUGCACCAACGUGAUGUGACCAGGACUUUGAUCAAGAACAAAAUAGACAACCCCAAAUCCUUCGAGUGGCUCAGUCAAAUGCGCUUCUACUUCGACCCCAAGCAGACAGAUGUGCUGCAGCAGCUAUCCAUCCAGAUGGCUAACGCCAAGUUCAACUACGGCUUUGAAUACUUGGGCGUCCAGGAUAAGCUCGUCCAGACGCCGCUAACCGACCGCUGCUACCUGACCAUGACUCAAGCUUUGGAGGCUCGCCUUGGAGGGUCACCGUUUGGUCCCGCUGGCACAGGGAAGACUGAGUCUGUGAAAGCUUUGGGUCACCAGCUUGGUCGCUUUGUCUUGGUCUUCAAUUGUGAUGAGACUUUUGACUUCCAGGCCAUGGGUCGUAUCUUUGUGGGACUGUGUCAGGUUGGAGCUUGGGGCUGUUUCGACGAGUUCAAUCGUCUGGAGGAGAGAAUGCUGUCUGCCGUCUCCCAGCAAGUCCAGUACAUCCAAGUGGCCUUGAGGGAACACAGCAACCCCAACAGAGACAGAAGUGUGCCUGUCACCACAGAGCUUCUGAACAAGCAGGUGAAGGUGAGCCCGGACAUGGCCAUCUUCAUCACCAUGAAUCCUGGCUACGCAGGCCGAUCCAACCUGCCCGACAAUUUGAAGAAGCUCUUCCGCAGCUUGGCCAUGACCAAGCCGGACCGCCAGCUCAUUGCCCAGGUCAUGCUCUACUCUCAAGGCUUCCGCACAGCCGAGAUCCUCGCCAAGAAGAUCGUACCCUUCUUCAAGCUGUGUGACGAGCAGUUGUCAUCCCAGAGUCACUACGAUUUUGGCCUCCGAGCUCUCAAGAGCGUGCUCAUAAGCGCUGGUAACGUGAAGCGCGAACGCAUCCAGAAGAUCAAAAGGGAGAAGCUUGAACGCGGGGAGGUCGUUGAUGAGAAUGAGAUUGCAGAGAACCUCCCUGAGCAAGAGAUUCUGAUUCAGAGUGUGUGUGAGACCAUGGUGCCCAAGCUGGUGGCCGAGGACAUUCCUCUUCUGUUCAGCCUGCUGUCUGACGUCUUCCCUGGCGUGCAGUACAUGCGUGGCGAGAUGACUGCACUGAGGGAAGAGCUGAAGAAGGUCUGCAAAGAGAUGUACCUCACUUAUGGUGACGGUGACGACGUUGGCAGCAUGUGGGUAGAGAAGGUGCUGCAACUGUACCAGAUCACACAAAUCAACCACGGUCUCAUGAUGGUGGGACCAUCAGGGAGUGGAAAGACCAUGGCGUGGAGGGUGCUCCUCAAAGCCCUGGAGAGGCUGGAGGGUGUUGAGGGGGUGGCUCACAUCAUUGACCCCAAAGCCAUCAGCAAGGACCACCUGUAUGGAACCCUGGACCCCAACACGCGCGAAUGGACCGACGGCUUGUUCACGCAUAUCCUCAGGAAGAUCAUUGACAACGUGAGAGGUGAAUUGCAGAAGCGCCAAUGGAUCAUCUUUGACGGAGACGUCGAUCCCGAGUGGGUUGAAAAUCUCAACUCUGUCUUGGACGACAAUAAGCUGCUCACGCUGCCCAAUGGAGAGCGUCUCAGCUUGCCGCCAAAUGUGCGUGUUAUGUUUGAGGUCCAGGACUUAAAGUACGCCACCCUGGCCACAGUCUCCCGCUGUGGUAUGGUGUGGUUCAGUGAGGAUGUGCUCAGCACGGACAUGAUCUUCAACAACUUCCUCGCGCGCUUUCGCAGCAUCCCACUGGAUGAGGGAGAGGAUGAGGCUCAGCGAAAUAGAAAGGGCACGGAGGACGAAGAGGAGACUGCUUCGCCAAUGUUGCAGAUCCAGCGCGAUGCCGCCACCAUCCUGCAGCCAUACUUUACUUCCACCGGCCUGGUCAUUAAGGCCUUGGAAUACGCCUCCAAGAUGGAGCACAUCAUGGACUUCACCCGCCUGCGCUGCUUAGGUUCUCUAUGUUCCAUGCUACACCAGGCUUGUCGCAACGUGGCACUCUACAACAACAACCACCCCGACUUCCCAAUGCCCAUUGAUCAACUUGAGAGAUACAUGCAGAGGUAUCUGAUCUACGCCGUUCUGUGGUCGUUCUCCGGCGAUGGACGGCUCAAGAUGAGAGCUGAGCUUGGGGAAUAUAUACGUCGCAUUACCACUGUGCCCCUACCCACCGCUCCCAACAUUCCCAUCAUUGACUAUGAGGUUAGUAUCACAGGCGAGUGGCAGUCUUGGCAGGGUAAGGUGCCCCAGAUCGAGGUAGAAACCCACAAGGUGGCCUCACCGGAUGUAGUGGUUCCCACCUUGGAUACCGUUCGCCAUGAGGCUUUGCUCUACACCUGGCUGGCUGAACAUAAGCCACUGGUGCUGUGUGGACCCCCUGGCUCUGGAAAGACAAUGACACUGUUCAGCGCCCUCAGAGCCUUGCCUGAUAUGGAGGUUGUUGGUCUGAACUUCUCCAGUGCCACCACCCCAGAACUGCUGCUGAAGACCUUUGACCACUACUGUGAGUACCGUCGUACUCCAAACGGUGUGGUCCUUGCGCCCGUGCAGCUCGGCAAGUGGUUGGUGUUAUUCUGUGAUGAGAUCAAUCUUCCCGACAUGGAUAAGUACGGCACACAGAGAGUUAUCUCCUUCCUCAGACAGAUGGUGGAACAUGGUGGGUUCUACCGAACCUCAGACCAGACUUGGGUCAAACUCGAGAGGAUCCAAUUCGUGGGUGCUUGUAAUCCUCCCACUGAUCCAGGCAGAAAGCCCCUCACACACAGGUUCCUGCGUCACGUUCCUGUGGUGUACGUCGAUUACCCUGGCCCAGCCUCUCUCACUCAGAUCUAUGGCACUUUCAACCGUGCCAUGUUGCGUCUCAUCCCCUCUCUACGAACCUAUGCUGAACCUCUUACUGCUGCCAUGGUUGAGUUCUACACCAUGUCUCAGGAACGUUUCACCCAGGACACCCAACCACACUAUAUCUACUCUCCCAGAGAGAUGACUCGCUGGGUGAGGGGUAUCUUUGAGGCCCUGCGACCACUUGAGACCCUUCCAGUCGAGGGACUUAUCCGCAUAUGGGCUCAUGAGGCCCUCCGCCUCUUCCAGGAUAGGCUGGUCGGUGAUGAAGAGAGAAGGUGGACAGAUGAAAAUAUUGACAUAGUUGCUCUCAAACACUUCCCCAACAUCGACAAAGAGAAGGCUCUCAACAGACCCAUCCUCUACAGCAACUGGCUAUCAAAGGACUAUAUCCCAGUGGAGCAGGAGGAGCUGAGGGACUAUGUGAAGGCCCGUCUUAAGGUCUUCUACGAGGAGGAGUUGGACGUCCCACUCGUACUCUUCAAUGAGGUGUUGGACCAUGUUCUGAGAAUUGAUCGAAUCUUCCGCCAGCCACAAGGUCAUCUCCUGUUGAUUGGUGUGAGCGGAGCAGGGAAAACGACUCUGUCUCGCUUUGUUGCCUGGAUGAACGGACUAAGCGUUUACCAAAUCAAGGUACACAGGAAAUACACCGGGGAGGACUUCGAUGAGGAUCUGCGUACUGUGCUGCGUCGCUCCGGUUGCAAGAAUGAAAAGAUCGCCUUUAUCAUGGAUGAGUCCAAUGUGCUGGAUUCUGGCUUCCUUGAGAGAAUGAACACCCUGCUGGCCAACGGAGAGGUUCCUGGUUUGUUCGAAGGCGAUGAGUAUGCCACUCUGAUGACUCAGUGUAAGGAAGGCGCACAGAAGGAAGGGCUGAUGCUGGACACCCACGAGGAGCUGUAUAAGUGGUUUACCAGCCAGGUUAUAAGGAAUCUCCAUGUUGUUUUCACCAUGAACCCCUCAUCAGAGGGCCUGAAGGACAGAGCUGCCACAUCUCCAGCCCUCUUCAACAGGUGUGUGCUGAACUGGUUUGGAGACUGGUCCACUGAGGCUCUGUAUCAGGUGGGCAAGGAGUUCACCAGCAAAAUGGAUCUGGAGAAGCCCAACUACAAGGUGCCAGACUACAUGCCCACCGUCUAUGACAAACUCCCCCAGCCGCCGUCUCACAGGGAGGCUAUCGUCAAUGGCUGCGUGUUUGUACACCAGACGCUUCACCAGGCUAACAACCGUCUGGCCAAGCGAGGUGGUCACACCAUGGCCAUCACUCCUCGCCACUACUUGGACUUCAUCAACCAGUAUGCCAACUUAUUCAACGAGAAGCGCAGCGAGCUGGAGGAACAGCAGAUGCACCUCAAUGUCGGUCUCCGCAAGAUCAAGGAAACGGUCGAUCAGGUGGAAGAGCUUCGUCGCGACCUCCGGAUCAAGAGCCAGGAGCUGGAGGCAAAGAAUGACGCCGCCAAUGACAAGCUGAAGAAAAUGAUUAAAGACCAGCAGGAGGCUGAGAAGAAAAAGGUGAUGAGCCAGGAGAUCCAGGAAGCUGUGUACAAGCAACAGGAGGUGAUCAAGGACAAACAACUGAGCGUCAAACAGGACUUGGACCAGGUGGAGCCAGCUGUCAUUGAGGCUCAGAAUGCCGUUAAGUCCAUUAAGAAGCAGCACCUGGUGGAGGUGCGUUCCAUGGCCAACCCACCUGCGGCAGUCAAGCUGGCCCUGGAGUCCAUCUGCUUGCUCUUGGGCGAGAGCACCACCGACUGGAAGCAGAUCCGCUCCAUCAUCAUGAAGGAGAACUUCAUACCCACUAUUGUUAACUUCUCUGCCGAUGAGAUCAGUGACUCCAUCCGUGAAAAGAUGAAGAAGAACUACAUGUCCAACCCGAGCUACAAUUACGACCAAGUCAAUAGGGCCUCGCUGGCAUGUGGACCUAUGGUGAAAUGGGCAAUUGCUCAGCUCAACUAUGCUGACAUGCUGAAACGAGUGGAGCCUCUGCGUAACGAGCUUCAGAAACUUGAGGAUGACGCCACGGACAACAAGACGAAGGCAGAAGAGGUGGAGCAGAUGAUCAGGGACCUUGAGUCUAGCAUCGCUCGCUACAAGGAGGAGUACGCCGUCCUCAUCUCAGAAGCCCAGGCCAUCAAGGCUGACCUGGCUGCAGUCGAGGCCAAGGUAAACCGCAGCACAGCCCUCCUGAAGAGUCUGUCAGCAGAGAGGGAGCGCUGGGAGAAGACCAGUGAGACAUUCAAGAACCAGAUGUCAACCAUUGCUGGAGAUUGUCUGCUCUCUGCGGCCUUCAUCACGUACGCCGGUUACUUUGAGCAACAGAUGAGGCAGAAUCUGUUUACAACUUGGUCUCAUCACCUGCAGCAAGCAAAUAUACAGUUCCGUACCGACAUUGCCAGGACGGAGUACCUCUCCAACGCAGACGAGAGGCUACGCUGGCAAGCCAACUCUCUUCCAGCGGAUGACCUCUGUACAGAGAAUGCCAUCAUGCUCAAGAGAUUCAACAGGUACCCGUUGAUCAUCGACCCAUCUGGCCAAGCCACCGAGUUCAUUAUGAAUGAGUACAAAGAUCGCAAGAUCACCCGCACCAGCUUCUUGGAUGACGCCUUCAGGAAGAACCUGGAGAGCGCCCUCCGUUUUGGAAACCCACUGCUGGUUCAGGACGUCGAGAGUUAUGACCCCAUCCUGAACCCAGUGUUGAACAGAGAGGUCCGCCGAACCGGAGGCCGCGUCCUCAUCACUUUGGGAGAUCAGGAUAUCGAUCUGUCACCUUCGUUUGUCAUCUUCCUCUCCACGCGAGACCCUACGGUUGAGUUCCCACCAGACUUGUGUUCUCGUGUGACAUUCGUCAACUUCACGGUGACGCGCAGUAGCCUGCAGAGCCAGUGUCUCAACGAGGUGCUGAAAGCAGAGAGACCCGACGUGGACGAGAAACGCUCAGAUCUCCUCAAACUUCAGGGUGAAUUCCAGCUGCGCUUGCGACAGCUGGAGAAAUCCUUACUGCAGGCCCUCAACGAAGUAAAGGGGCGAAUCCUCGACGAUGACACCAUCAUCACCACGCUGGAGAACCUAAAGAAGGAAGCUGCAGAGGUGACCAGGAAGGUGGAGGAGACGGACAUCAUCAUGGCCGAGGUGGAGGCUGUGUCGCAGCAGUACCUGUCCCUGUCAUCCGCUUGCAGCAGCAUCUACUUCACCAUGGAGGCACUCAACCAGAUGCACUUCCUGUACCAGUAUUCUCUUCACUUUUUCCUGGACACCUACCACACUGUACUGUAUGAGAACACCAACCUCAAGAGCAUCAAUGACCACAUGCAAAGACUCGCCGUGAUCACAAAGGACCUCUUCCAGGUGGCAUUCAACAGGGUUGCCAGAGGAAUGCUGCAUCAAGACCACAUCACGUUCGCUAUGCUGCUGGCUAAGAUCAGCCUCAAGGGAAUGACCAACGAGCCCUCAUACGAUGCCGAAUUCCAGCACUUCCUCCGUGGUAAGGAGAUUGUGCUUACUGGCACAUCCCUGCCCAAGGUGAAGGGUCUGACCACUGAGCAAAGUGAGGCCAUGGUCCGCCUCGGCCGCCUGCCUGCGUUUAAGGACUUGGUGACUAAAAUUCAGUCAGAUGAGCAAAUCUUCAUGUGGCUGGAGAGUAACACCCCGGAGCUAGCUGUUCCUUACCUGUGGUCUGAGGAGAAGCAGUCCACACCCAUCGGCCAAGCGGUGCACCAGCUGCUGUUGAUCCAGACAUUCCGUCCGGACCGUCUUCUGGCCAUGUCGCACAUCUUUGUUGCCAAAGUGCUGGGAGAGGCCUUCAUGAGCAUCAUCGAGCAGCCCAUCGAUCUGGCCAACAUUGUGGAUAGUGAGGUGAAGCCCAGUACACCGGUGCUCAUGUGUUCUGUCCCGGGUUAUGAUGCGAGCGGUCUCGUCCGAGAUUUGGCUGCCGAGCAGAACAAACAAAUCACUUCUAUCUCCAUCGGUUCGGCUGAGGGCUUCAAUAAGGCCGACUUCUCCCCCCCACCCCCCUCCCCGCAGGUUCCAGUGAAUCUGCUUCGUGCUGGUCGUAUCUUUGUAUUUGAGCCCCCUCCUGGUGUAAAGGCCAACAUGUUGCGCACCUUCAGCAGCAUCCCCGUUGCUCGCAUGUGCAAGGCUCCCAAUGAGCGUGCCCGUCUAUACUUCCUGCUAGCCUGGUUCCAUGCCGUCAUCCAGGAGCGUCUGCGCUAUGCGCCACUGGGCUGGUCCAAGAAGUACGAAUUUGGAGAGUCCGACCUGCGCUCCGCCUGCGAUACCGUCGACACCUGGCUUGAUGACACCGCUAAGGGUCGUCAGAACAUCGCCCCGGACAAGAUCCCCUGGGCCGCAUUAAAGACCCUGAUGGCUCAAUCCAUCUACGGCGGCCGCAUCGACAACGAGUUUGACCAGCGUCUGCUUAACACUUUCCUGGAUCGCAUUUUCACCAAGGGAAGCUUUGACAGCGAAUUCAAACUGGCGCUCAAAGUGGAUGGGCACAAAGACAUCAAAAUGCCCGACGGUAUUCGGCGUGAGGAGUUCAUGCACUGGGUGGAGCUGCUUCCCGACACGCAGACUCCAUCUUGGCUGGGCUUGCCUAGCAAUGCAGAAAAAGUCUUGCUCACCACACAGGGCACUGACAUGAUGGGUAAGAUGCUGAAAAUGCAGAUGUUGGAGGAUGAGGAUGAUCUCGCCUACGAGACGGAGAAGAAAGAGCGCACGUCGUCCACCGCCGACGCCCAGCCAGCCUGGAUGAGGACGCUGCACACUACCGCCGGCAACUGGCUGCAGCUCAUGCCUCAAACCGUCAAUCCCCUCAAACGCACGGUGGAGAACAUCAAGGACCCGCUGUUCCGCUUCUUUGAGCGUGAGGUGAAGAUGGGUGGCAAAAUGCUGCAGGAGGUCCGUCAGGAUCUGUCGGACGUGGUGCAGGUGUGCCAGGGCAAGAAGAAGCAGACCAACGAUCUGCGCACUCUUAUUAGCGACCUGGUGAAAGGCAUCCUCCCUCGCAGCUGGUGUCGCUACACCGUGCCCGUCUCCAUGACCGUCAUCCAGUGGGUGGCGGACUUCAGCGAGCGCAUCAAACAGCUGCAGCAGAUCUCACAGGGCGCUGCUAGCGGGGGCGCUAAGGAACUCAAGAACAUCCACGUCUGCCUGGGGAGCCUUUUUGUACCUGAGGCAUACAUCACCGCCACCCGCCAGUACGUGGCCCAGGCUAACAGCUGGUCUCUGGAGGAGCUUUGUCUGGAGGUUAACGUCACCAACGCCCAGGGCGCCACUCUGGAUGCAUGCAGCUUCGGCAUCAAAGGACUCAAACUGCAGGGGGCGACGUGCGCCAACAACAAGCUGUCCCUGUCCACUUCCAUCUCCACCGAGCUGCCUCUCACCCAGCUCCGCUGGAUCAAGCAAGGCGAUGGAGAAAAGAGACACACGGUCACUCUGCCCGUGUACCUGAAUUUCACCAGGUCUGACCUCAUCUUCACCGUCGACUUCGACAUCGCCACCAAGGAGGAUCCGCACAGCUUCUACGAGCGCGGUGUGGCCGUCCUAUGCACAGAGUAGUUAAAUGAGAUUCUAGAAAUCUCGAGAGUUAAUCUGACCCAUAUAAUCACCUAUAUGCGCUGCGUGUUAACUACCCAUUUAGUUUGCUCAGUCGUGAACAUUUGCGGACCAGUAGUAGUCGUAGAAUAUAUACACUUUAUUUUGCAAGUGUCUGAGAAGGUUUUGAGGAAGUUGUCAGUUGGGUAUAUCGUGUUUCAAAAGAGGACGUGGGAAGGAAGAACAGAUUUUACACGAACGAAAAGGUAUGUUGUAUUUUACAUUGAAUAAAGCUUGCUGGACUGAAAUGAGUUGGAAUGGGAAUUUCCACUGAAUAUCACUG